AUGCGCAAGGGAAAAGAAAGCGUGGCCGUCCACGGAAAACCUGGCGCCGCACCGUACUGGCAGAAGGGACGAGCAUCGGUUUUCAUAACAAAAAUUUUGGCAAAGGAUAUCUCAUCUCAGAUAUUUUUACCUCCAUCAAAUGAACUAGUUUACAACGUCCAUAUUCCUAGAAGACUAGUAAAUAAACCAAUUGACGAACCAGCUGGCGGUGCAGCAAUACCUCCAAUACAAACAGGUAUUAAAAAUAAAACAGAAAAUGAACUGAAUACAAAUAAAACCAAGGGAGAAAAAGAAGAUAUGGAAGCCCAAAAUUCAGGAGCUGUUAUAUCUUAUCCACUUUAUGGAUCUUACCAAGUUACUGAGAAUGUUAUAGAUAUUCCAGAUAACAGGACAAAAGCAGGACCUAUAGACCCUUAUUAUACUAUUAGGCCUGAAUUAAAUAUAGCAAAUACAACAGACGCAGCUACUACCACAGAAGCAGUUAAAGUUAAACGAAAGAAGAAUCGAGUUAGCAUACAUAUCGAUGCUGAGUAUGAAAGGGAAGAAAUAAAAGAAAACAAAGUUGUCGGGUUUCUAAAAGGCGUAAAGGCAUGUUUCCAAAAUUUCCAAAAAGGCAUUAUUGAUGGUUUCUACAGGUUUUUCCAUAGAAAUGAGAUGUUUUAG